AUGACACUUUUGGAAAAUCAGCCACAUUUUGUAACAGACCGUCCAAAGAAUACAGUGGUUGUGAUUGAGCCUCGUGGGCAGAUAACUGAGGGAAGCAGAGUGACUCUGACCUGCCGCACUGAUGCCAACCCACCAGCAUAUUACUACAGAUGGUACAAGAACGGGAGGUACACACAUCUGAGCAACAAUUCUCCAAAGAACACAAGAAUCGAGUCUGAUGCAUCUGGUGAAAUGACUGAGGGAAGCACAGUGACUCUGACCUGCAUGAGUGAAGCUGACCCACCAGUACACACAUACACCUGGAUCAAGAAGAGUGGAGCUGUACAACUGAAGUCAGGAAAGGAAAAGACACUCAUCUUCAGCAAGAUCCGUUCUGAGGACCGUGGAGAGUAUCUCUGUCAAGCAGCCAACAGGAUUGGUCAACAGGAUUCUCCUGCUGUGUCUGUCCAGGUUUCAUAUCGCCCAAAGAAAACAACAGUUUUAUUUUCUCAUGAUAGUGUUAUUGCCAUUGGCAACACAGUGACUCUGACCUGCAGCAGUGAUGCCAACCCACCAGUGGAGAUCUACACCUGGUUUAAGGUGGGUGAGUCCACUCCAGUAGGAUCAGGACAGCAGUACAGCAUCACUAACAUCAGCUCUGAGGAUGGUGGACAUUACUACUGUGAGGCCCGGAAUAAACAUGGAGCUGAGGACUCUACUGCUGUGUCAAUCAUGGAAGAUGAAUCUGUAGCAGGAGCGAAGAUUCCUGUAUUGACUGCUGUGAUAACAGUCUCUGUCUGUGGACUACUGGGUCUCUUCUGUGGGGUAUUCUGGCUGAGCAAGAAAUGCAAGAAAGAGAUGUUGGCACAAGGAAGGAAUGAACAGGAUGCCAGUGAUUCUGUUGGCAAUAAACAGAACCCUAACAUCAUCCAGAUGAGUUCAGCUGGCCAGAGCCUGAACCCCAACACCAACAAACCUGAUGCAGAUUAUCAGAACAAAAUUCAUGAGCUCAGUCCUGAAGCAUGA